CGUCAGAGAAAGGAAGAAGAAAAACGAUAAUCUUUUUCGCUAGUCGCAGUUAAUUUGUACAGCAAAAUCUUCAUCAUUCCGUAGUUAAAUUUUUUCCAAUUGUAAAUUGUAAAUAAGUGCUUAAUGUUCAAACGGAUAGUGCUUGCACUAGCGCUUGUUGCAGUGCUGCAUGUUGUUGGGUCACAGGCACAAUCCUACGAGGAUAAGCGCUGUAAAUGCAUCUGUCCGAGCAUCAAAUCGGUGAAAAACAACACCGAAGAUGACUCGGACCGGAUGCUGAUCAUUGACAACGUUCCGCCGAACAAGUGCGACUGCGACGGGGUAAUUCUGCCCCGAAUAGCGGAUAAGGUGAAAGGCAAAGAGCAGGAGUUUUGCCCUCGCUGUGAUUGCAAGUACGAAAACAGAAAUACCACCAUCAUUAAGGUGGUAGUCAUCAUUGUAAUCUGGAUAAUUUCUCUCCUGGUGAUCUACAUGCUGUUCCUGAUGUGUCUGGAUCCGUUGUUGAACAAGCGAGUGAAGGCCAACUACCAGGAGCACACCAAUGAAGAUGAGGACACUUCGGUUGCCGUUGGAAACCACAGCCAGGAUAUGCAGGUGCGAGAUGGAAACGUGCUGAAUCGGGUUGGCCACUCGCAGGAUAAGUGGAAGAGACAGGUUCGUGAGCAGCGACGCAACAUCUACGAUCGCCACACGAUGCUAAACUAGAGAAGCAGCCUUAGUGGGUGUGCAUAUAGUAUAAUCGAAUAUUUAUACUUAUUAUUUUCUGAAUUGUAGAUUACCAUUGGUUGACGUAAAAAUAAUUGCAAUAUAAUAUUCUUACA